UUGAUCUGUAAUUAUGAGCUCAUCGCCAGCCCUGGUUUCUCUCAACCCGUUGCGCGGGAGGGAGAGCCGAGGGGAGGGGGAAGGAAGCCGCAGGACAUCCGACACGUACAGGAAGCAGAACCAGUUCCAGAGCCUUUGUCCAACCUCCCGCUCCCGCCCGACCGCAUUCCGAUACAACCUCUGCGCCCGCCACCGCUGCUUCCAUACAAAAAAAAAAACAACCACUAA